CCCAGCACUCCGGAGGCAGAGGCAGGCGGAUCUCUGUGAGUUCGAGGCCAGCCUGGUCUACAAGAGCUAGUUCCAGGACAGGUUCCAAAACCACAGAGAAACCCUGUCUCGAAAACAAAAAUAAUAACAACAACAAAAAAAAUCCCACUUUGUUGUUGUUGUGUGUGUGUGAGAGAGAGUUCAGGUUCACGUGUUCCACAGUGCCUGUGUGGAGGUCAAAGGACAACUACGAGCAGUUCAUUCUCUCUUUCUACCUGGGCUUCUGGAGAUCAAAUUCACAUGGUUAGCGGCUCCACCUGUCUUAUUUUAAGAUGGGCAAUUUUUCUGUAGUAUACAGGCUGGCCCGAAUUCGCAUCCUUUUGCCCAAGCUUUCCAAAUGCUAGAAUAAGCUUGUGGUUGAUUAUUAUUGUAGAACACUUUUAUGAAAUUUUUGUCUUGGAUUUUCUUCCCACAUUUAUUUUUCUUUUCUUUUCAAAACAAUUUUAUUAGACUUAACUCUUUUGUUAUUGUGUGACCAUUUUGCAUGCGUAUGUGUCUGAACACAAUUCCCUUGGAAUUGGUGUGUUAGGGAUGGUUGUGAUCCGCCAUGUGAGUGCUGGGAGUCAAACCUAGGGGCUCUGCAAGAGCAAGCUGUGCUCUUAACCACUGAGCCAUCGCUCUGGGCUCAUCUCUCCAGGCUCACCUUUCAUUUUUUAAAAUCAACUUUACAGCCUACAGUUUCAUUUAUUCUACUCCCCAUCAUCAUUGUAUAUUUAGUUGCAGUCUGAUUCAGAAAAUGUAAGGAUUGUUUCUCAACUUGGGUUUGACUGAUGUACUUCUGGGCAGUAUAAAGAAAUACAAAUGUUUUCAGGGCACCAUACUUGAAGCCACCAGGUACAAUCUUGUUUCCCCAAUGAGAAAUUUAUUUUCCAUGCACUAGUAAUCACAAAUAUGAUUCUUUUUUUUUUUUAUUGAGCCGUUUCACUGGCCUACAGAUACGAUUCUUUUCACUGUAUUUCCUAUAUAUGGGUAGAUAUUACCUGUCUUUGUUUUAUUUGCUUGUUUGCUUUUUGAGAUGGGGUCUCAUAUAGCCAAGAGUAUUUUUGAGUUUUUUAUCUAGCAGGGAUGACCUUGAACUUCUGAUCCUUUGCCUCCAUUUCAUGAUGCUGUUUGUUACAGGCAUAUGCCCCAUACCUGGUUUUUGCAGUGCCAAGGAUCAAGCCCAAGGCUUUGUAUUUGUACAUGUUAGGUUUGGGCCCCAUGGGAUCCCUGUGACAGUAUUUCCCAAAAGGGAAUAUAAGGAUAAACCGGACGCCAUGCAGCUCCAAAGUAACACAUUCCAAGAAGGGAUAGAAGUCAAGCGUGAAGUGAAUGGUGCUGUUCCCGAUAACCUUUCUCCAGUCCCUCCUCCUGAGCACCUGUGGACUUCCAAGCCACCUCCUCUCUUCCACGAAGGAGCACCUUAUCCUCCCCCCUUGUUUAUCAGGGACACAUAUAACCAAUCAAUACCUCAGCCACCUCCUCGGAAAAUUAAGCGACCCAAACGAAAAAUGUACAGGGAAGAACCCACUUCAAUAAUGAAUGCGAUUAAGCUACGGCCCAGGCAAGUCCUGUGUGAUAAGUGUAAAAACAGUGUUGUUGCAGAAAAGAAGGAAAUUAGGAAAGGUAGCAGUGACUCUUCUAGGUAUGAAGAUAAAAAACGGAGAAAUGACAGUGUAGCUACUGUGAACAAAAAACUGAAAACUGACCAUAAAGUGGACGGGAAAAACCAAAACGAAAGCCAGAGAAGAAACACUGUGGUGAGGGUUUCCAAUAUUGCUCACAGCAGAGGCAGAGUAGUCAAAGUUUCUGCUCAGGCAAACACAUCAAAAGCUCAGUUAAGUACCAAGAAAGUGCUCCAGAGCAAGAACAUGGAUCACGCAAAAGCUCGGGAAGUAUUGAAAAUUGCCAAAGAAAAGGCACAGAAAAAGCAGAGUGAAACUUCUACUUCCAAAAACACCCACCCGAAAGUCCAUUUCACACGGCGCUAUCAGAAUCCUAGCUCAGGUUCUCUCCCACCUCGAGUGCGUUUAAAACCGCAAAGGUACAGGAAUGAAGAAAAUGACUCUUCUCUGAAGACAGGACUGGAGAAAAUUCGGAGUGGCAAGCUGGCCCCUAAGCCGCAGUCUCGCUGCACCUCCACCCGCUCAGCAGGUGAGGCCCCUUCAGAAAAUCAGAGUCCCUCAGAAGGCCCGCAAGAGGCCGCCAGUGAGGUUCAGGACACCAGCAAAGUGUAUGUGCCUGGUGAGCAGGAGGAACUGCAGACGGUGGGCAAAAAGGGCAGCAAAAGCAAUAUCUCUGUUUACCUGACCCUAAAUCAAGAGAAAUCUGACUCUUCCGGUGCUUCAGUGUGUAGCAUUGAUAGCAUGGAUGAUUUGAAAUCCUCCAACUCGGAGUGUAGCUCUUCUGAGAGCUUUGUUUUUCCUACAGGUAGUAUGCGUGCACCUUCCACUUCUUCCACUUCCUCCUCUUCAAGGGAAGAGAAAAGCCUCAGUAAUUCCUUGAAAAUGAAAAUCUUUUCCAAAAAUGUCUCUAAAUGUGUCACACCAGAUGGGAGGACCAUAUGUGUAGGGGACAUUGUUUGGGCCAAGAUAUAUGGCUUCCCAUGGUGGCCAGCCCGAAUUCUUACCAUAACUGUAAGCCGGAAAGAUAAUGGCCUUUUAGCCCGACAGGAGGCCCGUAUCUCAUGGUUUGCAUCUCCAACAACAUCUCUCCUUGCUCUUUCACAACUCUCCCCCUUUCUAGAGAACUUCCAGUUACGCUUUAAUAAGAAGAGAAAGGGUUUGUAUCGCAGGGCUAUCACAGAGGCAGCUAAGGCUGCUAAGCAGCUGACCCCUGAAGUGCGGGCUUUGUUGACACAGUUUGAAACGUGAACAUGGAGAGUAAGGUAGGCGAGAACUGCUGGAGCAGCCGCAGGUCCCUGGUUAGUUAGGAAUUGUUUCCACCAGCUAGCUUGACCAAACUGGAAAGAAAUUGCACUCACUUGGCUUUUUAUACGUAUAUAGCCAUUUUUAGACUAAGAAGCUUAAAACUGAACAUUCUAUCAAAUUUUCUCUUAAGGAAGUGAGAUUUUUAGUAGUAUUUUCCAAAUUUGAAAUCUAAAACCAUCCUAAGGCAUAGAAGCCAUAGCCUCAAAUGAAAUUGAAUUUUUGCAGGGACUGUUAUUUGCCAUUUGUACUUAUUGUAUAUAUACAUACACAUAUAUAAACUAUUGCCUGUCACCAUGUGACACGGGUUGCAUAUUUGGGGUUUUAUUAAGGGCUGGUGAGCUGGGAACAGUGGAUAUUUAAUGACUACUAGUUUAAUAAUUAGUGAACACUUAGAAGACUUUCUAUGCACAUAAUGGUAUAAAAUUUGAUAUUGGGUGUUUGACAAACUGAGGUGCCUGCUAUGACAAAUUUGAAUGCUUGCUGUUUAGUUAUAGACCAGGCUAUACGCAUUGUCCAGUAUUUUGGAUUAAAACUAUAAAGACUGGACAGGCCUGAGUUACCACUCUUGUCCAGUGGGAACAUAAACAAACUUUCAGACUUUUGGUUGGGAAGUUUAGAUAGGUUUUAUUUGGGGUAUGUGAAUAGUGUAUAUUUGGUCAGAUUUCUCCUGACUGGCUGGUCCUAAAUUAUUAGGACAGUGCCCUAGUGAUUUACACUUUGUGAACUAAUGUCAUGUGUAAUUGUUGCAUUUUGAAUGUAUCUAAUUUGAUAAUUUUUAAGAAGCAUUUCCGUUUAAGGUAAUCUGUUUGCAGGUUAGAAAAUGAGAAAUGUAAUUGUAUAAUGCAUUGGAAUGUAAAAAAAAAGCUAAAUAAAAUCAACUAAAUCCAAAUUAUUUGUGUGUGUUUCUCAAAAAGCUUUGAACAGUUUCAAAAUAGUAGAAAAUUAUUCUUUGUUAUAGUGAUUAGAAAAGGUGAGAAGUCAGAUUUAGUUUUCUAUUUGCCCUGUCAGGGAAUGUUAUCAGAGAAUAGGUAAAAUUCAAAUAGCAAGAGCUGUAGUGAGGCUCUAGUAAUGUCACUUGAUUGAAUUCUAGUUCCCACCAACUUCAUGAAUGCUUUUAAUUUUUUUCAAUUUUAGCCUUGAUAAAUUACCAUUUUUUUUGAAAAUUAGCUAAUUGUAGUUGUUUGCUCUGUUUGGUCUUCUGCCUCAGAUAUCACUGCUUUUGAGGCUAGUAAUCCUAUUUUAUUAAGAUUUUUUUUUUUGAGAGCGUUUCACUAUGUCACCGUGGCUGGCCAGGCUGACCUCAAGCUCAGAGUCAUGCCUCUGCUUCUGCCUCCCGUAUGCUGGGAAAGUAGUCUCACUGCCUGUGGAGGCAGAGUGAUUGCAAAAAAUACCUUGCUUUCAAGCUUUUUUUUUUUUUAAUUUUUUUUUUAAAUUGGGUAUAAUUUCAGUUACUUACUGAAAUGUAAAAAGGUAAACUUUUUUGUGGAUUUCUAAAGUAAUCCAGUGAGAUAUAUUAGUUACUAUGGAAUUAAUAAUAAAGUUUAAUGAAAUUUGGAAAUUAACUUCCUUAAGCUUUAUACCUGAUUAUUUUUGGGAAAAAAAAUGAGAAUUUUUUGGGGGGAACUCAGUCAAUGCUUUUUGAUUUUAAUAAACACACAACAAAAGAAAAAGAUGCAUAUUCUUUCCUGCAAACAGAAACUGUUUAAAAUGGUAUGACAGGCCGAAAGUUCACCAUGUGAUAGAGGGUUUACAAGGGAAAUAACUUUUUAGGUUUUC